AUGACUGAUGUUGGUUGGUGGAAGCUGACCUUCCUCCGGAAAAAGAAAUCCACCCCCAAGGUACUCUACGAGAUCCCUGACACCUACGCCCAGACAGAAGGAGGUGCAGAACCACCAAGGGCGAAUGCUGAAGGCCCCGACAGCGACUUUAACACUCGCCUGGAGAAGAUUGUGGACAAGAGCACAAAGGGCAAGCAUGUCAAAGUCUCCAAUUCAGGCCGCUUCAAGGAGAAGAAGAAAGUUCGAGCCAUGCUGGCAGAGAACCCCAGCCUCUUUGAUGAUCGGGAGGACAAAGGACAAUGA